AUGGCGAGUUCUUGCGCGCCCACGGCCGUGCUGCCACCGGAGGAGGCGCCACGGCAGCAGUCGCUGCAGAUGGAUGGCGCCGCCACGAAGAAGCGGCGGAUGCGCGGUACUCCUGGCCCGGACGCGGAGGUGGUGGCGCUGUCGCCGCCGGCGCUGCUGGCCGGGUGGAACCGGUGGCACGGCUGCGAGGCCUGCGGGAGAGGGUUCCGGCGCCCGUCCAACAACCUGCUCGGGCGGGAGGCCGGCCAGGCCCAGGCGGCUGCGCCGGCGAAGAGCCGGAGGCGCCGGGUGUUCGUGUGCCCGGAGCCCGACUGCCCGUACCACGCCCCCUCCCGCGCGCUGGCGGACCUCCCCACCCUCCAGAAGCAUUUCCGCCGCAAGCACGGCCGCCACGGGCUGUGGGAGUGCGGCCGCGGCCCCGUUUGCGCCGACUGCAACAAGGCUCACCUCAAGACCUGCGGCGCCCGAACCCAGCUGGAGGGCUACGUCGAGCGUCAGGACACGGGUGGCGCCAGCUGGCCGCCGCCCGCGACGUCGCCGCCGCCGGCGGCUUCUGGUGGCGGUGUCGUGCUGGGCUUGGCGACGACUACCUCCACGUCGCAGCAGCAGGGUCAGUUGCAUGAGAUCGCAGCAAGCCCGUCCAGCGACGACCUCGUGGUGAGCUCGGCGAUGGCGAGCCCCACGGCCGCCGCCGCUGCUACCAGCGUCAUCGCGGGACUCGGCGCGUCGCUGGCGCCUCCAACGCCGCCCGCCCGUCCCGGCGCCCUCAACCUGGAGCUGCAGCUCUUGCCUCCGGUCGGGAGCUGCGCUGCCGUCACCCGCCGCGCCCCGCCGGAUCGGCCCUCUUCUGCCACUCCCUGGCUCGACCUGUCGCUCGGGCUAGGCGGCGCACUCGAGCGCGACACCGCGUCGGCGGCGGUGAGGCUGAUGGUGGAGGAGGCACGGGAGCAGCUGCUGAUGGCGAUGGCAGAGAAGGCAGCGGCGGAGGAGGCUGCUGCAGAUCACCUGCUAUACGGCGGCCGCCGGAAGUUCCACGCCAUGGCUGCCGCACUGAUCUCCGAGGUGGGCAGCUACGUGCCGUCCAUAGUCCUCGCCGAUGCCGUGGUCGACUACGAGCAACUUAACGCCGCCGACGUGCUAAAGCAAGCCAUACAAGGGGUGGACAUCGUCAACUAG